GGCAUUUGCUAGUAUGGCAGUGCUCGAUGUUCGAAUAUUUCAACAUUUCAAAAGAUCUACAUUUCUGUUGAAAAUGAAUGCAUCGAAGCACGCAGUUAGCAGUUUGGUGAUAUGUUCGGCUUUUGUGAUAUAUACACUUGCAGAAAUUGAGCAUGAGGGUAGAAGUCACGUACAGCUGACACCAGAAGUCGCUUUGACAGGCGAGCCAUUUCAUUGUGAAAAUGAUCCCACAAAAUUUGGAUAUACCUAUUAUGGCAUCCGCUAUGGUAUUGCUAAAAGAUUCCAGCAUGCCGACGAAAGUAUGGAUUUUGCGUAUUUAUCCGACCCGAAGCAACCGAAACAGGGCUUUCCAUGUCCUCAACAUGCAUUUGCGAUGCCUGGCUUCCCAAAACGUAAUCUGACUAUCAGCGAAGAUUGCCUGUAUUUGGACGUCUAUGUGCCCCCGGUUAGCCAGACCAGAAACGACAGCAAGCUGCCAGUUCUCUUCUUCAUUUAUGGAGGAGGCUUUCAAAUUGGCCACAAAAACAUGUAUAAUGCCACGGAGUUAUCCGGAGCAGUAAAUGCCGUGGUGGUCAUUAUUAACUAUCGAGUGUCGGCCUACGGAUUUUUAAGCACAGGAGAUGGAGCAAUUAAAGGCAACUAUGGAAUCGGAGAUAUUAAAGUAGCCCUACAAUGGGUGCGGAAACACAUCGAAAAGUUUGGUGGAGACCCGGAAGCCAUUACUAUUAUGGGGCAGAGCGCUGGCGGUGCGCUUACAUCAGCAAUGUUUCUGGACAAAAACGUUCGAGAAAGUGUUCGCGCCGGAAUAGCGAUGAGUGGGAGUAUGUUUUCGCCGUGGUCGAUCAACCGAACGCCAAAACGUCUUGCAGACAAAUUAUCCCUUUUACUUGGGUGUCCAAACGCUACACAGGCUCAGUUCGUCCAGUGUCUCACGACGGUCCCAUUGGAGCAGAUGCAAAAUGUCAUCCAGCGCAUUGAAAAAAAGUUUACGCCGUGGAACAUGUUUGCUCCUGUAAUUGAUGGUGUGCAUCUACCGGAGCCUCCAGCACUGAUGAUUAGCAAGCAACCGCCGAAAGAGUCAAAACGCGAAGGGAUCUUUGUUACCGGAUAUCUGCGCGAGGAUUCGUCAAUGUCCAUAAUGGUGACACAGUUUCGGAGCAUGAAAAAACCAUUUUUGCCUAAUUCGACAUUUGAUUUCCCCAUGGCAAAAGAGAUUGUGACGUUUUACGCUCGUCUGAUUCAUCCCCGCAAUCUUACGAAAACGGUGGAACAAAUCCUGCAACACUACAAAUUCGAUGCAAACGAUGUGGAUCGUGCUACUAUGCGGAAAACCUUUCAUGUGGUAACUGACAUUAUGUUCGCGUUUUCGGCAGUUCAAGAAGCUCGUGCAUAUUCCAACCGAUCGUUUUCUUCGCAUGUGACCAGCCACCUUUACCGUAUAUCGUACGAUCCAAAGUUUAAGGGUUUAGGCAGUUUCCAUGGUCUGGAUUUGGUAAUGCUGUUCUCCGGACAGAUGAAAGCCAUGAUGGACAAUCGCACCUUGAAUGCUGUUGUUGUCAAUAACUUUCGGAACAUGUUCCAUCAAAUUGUUCAAACGGGCCGUGUUGACGGCCCAAAUGCCAGGGAAGGGUAUAUGGAAUUCGGAACGUCGGGAAGAUGGGAAGCCGGCCUUGAGGAUUUCAGUAGACUAUCUCAGUUCUGGACCGAACAAAUCGAAAAGUCUCAAAUUUGUGCUGCACUGCCGUCCGCACUUUCGUUGAAUCACGGGCAGCGCGUUGACCCUUACCUAACCCCCUUCGAAGACGAGAGAUAAAUAUGAACUAUGAUUAUUGGUAGAAAACGCGUUUCUGGUGCAUUUGCGAUAAAAAAUAAACUGUAGCAAAGGAUCGCAAUUCAGUCGCUGAACGUAAAUAGUACUCGUUCUACCGGCAUAUUGCCGAAACUUUCGUGUCCCUAAUUAGGGACACGAAAGUUAUAAUGAUGUCCUCUUAUAACCCUGAUUUUUCGAACGCAAA